AUGGGUCACCUGACCAGGCCGAAGACCCCGAGACGACCGGGGUUGCGCCGGACCACCUGCUUCCGCACCACCUAUCAUCUUUCUUUCAUCAAUUUGUCAUUGCAUUCGUCACGGCUAUACAUAUUUGUUACGAUGGCUGAUCAAUCCCAGCGCGAGAGGUCUCGUUCCCCUCGCCGCCGUCCUUCUCGCAGUCCUCCCCGUCGUGCCCGUCGCUCGUACUCCCCACGCAGUCGCUCCCGCAGCCGUGACCGCGGUGACCGUGCUGAACGCGUUGACCGCGUUGAACCCCGUGAACGCGACGAAUACCGUCGCCCCGAUCGCCGCUCGCGAUCCCCUGUGAGUGCUUCAGGCGCCGCCGGACCUUCCGCCUCUCCCUACGGCGGACGCAGUGGAUACCCCCCUGCUCGAUCGGAAGAACGCACCGUUGCAAAGGAAAAUAUGAUGCAAACCGUUCGCGAUACAUCUCAACAAGACCGUCGGGUCUACGUCGGCAAUCUAUCCUACGAUGUCAAGUGGCAUCACCUUAAAGACUUUAUGAGACAGGCUGGAGAAGUUCUCUUUGCCGAUGUUUUACUUCUUCCUAACGGAAUGUCGAAGGUGGGCGUCAAUACGAUUGUGGAAUACGCCACCAGAGAUCAAGCACAAAACGCCGUCAACACGCUUAGCAACCAGAGCCUGAUGGGUCGUCUGGUUUACGUUCGCGAGGACCGUGAAGCCGAACCCCGUUUCGUCGGUGGACCUCCUCGUGGAGACUUCGGCCCUGGUGCCCGAGGCGGUUUCGGUGGUGGCUUCGGUGGCCACCCCGGUGCUGCUGGUCGCCAAAUCUAUGUCUCAAACCUUCCAUUCAACGUUGGCUGGCAAGACCUGAAGGAUCUGUUCCGUCAAGCUGCCCAGCAAGGUGCCGUCAUCCGCGCUGACGUGCACACCGACGCUACUGGACGCCCCAAGGGCUCUGGUAUUGUUGCUUUCGAGUCGCCUGAUGAUGCCCGAAACGCUAUUGCGCAGUUCAACGGCUAUGACUGGCAGGGUCGCCCCCUGGAAGUUCGUGAGGAUCGAUUCGCUGGAGGUGCUGGCUUCGGCGGCGGCCGCGGUGGCUUCGGCGGUCCCAUGGGAGGCCGCGGCGGUUUCGGUGGACCCAUGGGAGGUCGUGGUGGCUUUGCAGGCCGUGGUGGCUUUGGCGGUGGCUUCGGCGGCCGUGGUGGAUUCGGUGGUCCUGGCGGCCCUGGUGGCUACCCCGGCGGUGGAUUCGACCAGGGUCCCCCCGUUCCUGCAGGCCCCCCUAACCCUUUCACCGACUAUGCCACCUCCAACGGCGAGAAGAGUGCUGUGAUUUACGUUCGCAACCUUCCCUGGUCGACAUGUAACGACGACUUGGUAGAUCUGUUCGCUACCAUCGGCAAGGUCGAGCGUGCCGAGAUCCAGUACGAGCCAAAUGGCCGCUCCCGUGGCACCGGUGUCGUCCAAUUCGACGCUCCCGACACUGCGGAUACCGCUAUUUCCAAGUUCAGCGGUUACCAGUACGGUGGCCGUCCUCUCGGCAUUACUUUCGUCAAAUACAUGAACGCUGGCGCCCCUCACAACAGCGACAUCAUGAUGGAAGGUCAAGAGCCCACCGGUCUGACCCAGGACCAGAUCAUGUAA